GCAAUAAGAGAGGGGCUGUAUGAGCCAUGCUCAUUUCCUCUGUAGUCAGAGGGUCUCACAGAAUCCCUGGUGUAAGAGAGAUGAUUCAUGCAGGCUUGGGUUUCAGAAAGGUGUGGGGUAACCACGGCCGGUUUCCUCCCCGUUGGGAUGUGAGGCGUGUUAUGUCUGAGAAGGAACCAGAAGCUGGCCCAGGGCUCUGCGAAAAUGACCAGCCAGACACAGACUGUGACUUGGAUGAUCCUGAGCUGAGGGCCAUAAGGUUGCGGGUACGAGAGAUGGAAGAGGAAACCGAGCGCCUGAAGGGACUGGCUGGAGAUGAGAGUCCAACGGCUGGUCCACCUCGUCCUCUGAGUGCAGAAGAGAAGCGGGAGGCUGACAAGCGCUCUGUGUAUGUGGGGAAUGUGGAUUAUGGCGGUACAGCCCAGGAUUUGGAGUCUCACUUCAGUAGCUGUGGGUGCAUCAACCGGAUAACCAUUUUAUGUGACAAGUUCUCUGGACAUCCCAAAGGAUACGCAUAUGUCGAGUUUGCAGAAAGGAGCUCUGUGGAUGCCGCCAUAUUAAUGGAUGAGAGCAUAUUCCGCGGAAGGACGAUCAAGGUUCUUCCCAAGCGUACAAACAUGCCAGGAAUAAGCACCACAGAUAGAGGAGGCUUCAGAGGAAGACCACGGGGGUAUAGAGGAAACUUCCAGAGGGGGCAAAGGCCCAGGGUUCGUGCAUACAGAGGUCAUGGAAGAACAGGCCAGUGGAAUAACCCAUACUGAUGGCAAGUACUCCAGCCUUAUAAUCUACAAUGCCAUGUGUGUGUGUGGCAGUUUUAGAGUCCUCCUGUGGCACGCCUGGAGAUAUCCUGAGUCCUCUAGUACCAACACCACCGGAUGUAUCACCAUGCGAUACCUGUCUUGUGCUAUGGAACUGAAUGAUCAGGGCCCGUUCUAUGAUGGUGAAAUCUACAGUCUGUAAACACCAUUGGUUCUAACCAGUUAUUGUAUUAAGUGUAUUCCUGUUCUUGGUAAAUAAUAAUAAAAAAAUGUUUAUUGCUUUAAGGUA